GGGAGGGGGGUUACGUGGUGACGUUAAUUCUAUAUGAGCGCGAGCGGCGGGAGCGCGGGUCCUUUCACCGCCGGCCGCGCGGCGCCUCCGCCUCGCUGCUCCUGAGUCACCGCCGCCCGCCGGCCGCGCAGACAGAUCAAAUGCAGUUUUCUCUUUUUCUGGAACACAUCCGUCCAACACUUGGCUAAAAUUCCCAUUUGAAUGCAUUGUAAGGAGUUGAAAUUCCUGAAGGAAAGUUGAAUUUGUUUAGCUUACAGGAGAGCAGUGUGUGAGAUCUAGCAGAAUGGCAGAUAUAGACAACAAAGAACAGUCUGAACUUGAUCAGCAGGACAUGGAAGAUGUUGAAGAAGUAGAAGAAGAAGAAACUGGUGAAGAUGCCAACAGCAAAGCUCGGCAGUUGACUGUGCAGAUGAUGCAAAAUCCUCAGAUUCUUGCGGCCCUUCAGGAAAGACUUGACGGUCUGGUAGGAACAUCUGCAGGAUAUGUAGAAAGCUUGCCCAAAGUUGUUAAAAGACGUGUGAAUGCUCUCAAGAAUCUUCAAGUUCAAUGUGCACAGAUAGAAGCAAAGUUCUAUGAGGAAGUUCAUGAGCUGGAAAGAAAGUAUGCUGCUCUCUAUCAGCCCUUAUUUGACAAGCGAAGUGAAAUCAUCAAUGCCAUUUAUGAGCCUACGGAAGAAGAAUGUGAAUGGAAAGCAGAUGCUGACGAAGAAAUUUCAGAUGAAAUGAAAGAGAAAGCUAAGCUUGAAGAAGAAAAAAAAGAUGAAGAAAAAGAAGACCCUAAAGGAAUCCCUGAGUUUUGGCUUACAGUAUUCAAGAAUGUGGACUUGCUCAGUGAUAUGGUUCAGGAACAUGAUGAACCUAUCCUGAAAUACUUAAAAGAUAUAAAAGUGAAAUUUUCAGAAGUUGGACAACCUAUGAGUUUCACAUUAGAAUUUCAUUUUGAACCAAACGACUACUUCACAAAUGAAGUGUUGACAAAGACGUAUAGAAUGAGGUCAGAGCCAGAUGAUUCUGAUCCCUUUUCGUUUGAUGGACCAGAAAUCAUGGGUUGUACAGGUUGCCAAAUAGACUGGAAAAAAGGAAAGAAUGUUACUUUGAAAACCAUUAAGAAGAAGCAAAAACAUAAGGGCCGUGGAACAGUCAGGACGGUGACAAAAACUGUUUCCAAUGACUCUUUCUUCAACUUCUUCAGUCCUCCUGAAGUUCCUGAAAGUGGAGACCUGGAUGAUGAUUCUGAGGCAAUCCUUGCUGCAGACUUUGAAAUAGGUCAUUUCUUGCGUGAACGUAUAGUCCCCCGGUCAGUACUGUACUUCACUGGAGAAGCUAUUGAAGAUGAUGAUGAUGACUAUGAUGAAGAAGGUGAAGAGGCAGAUGAUGAGGAGGGAGAAGAAGAAGCAGAUGAAGAAAAUGAUCCUGAUUAUGAACCAAAAAAGGAUCAAAACCCAGCAGAAUGCAAGCAGCAGUGAAGCAGUGUGUCUGUGGCCUUGAGGAUUACCUGCACUGUAAUAGCCUAAACACAACUAUUAGUUACUUACAGCCUUAUGUUUUGUAUCUUGGUAGAAUUAAGUAACCAAUUUGUUAAAAAAAGAAAUUGAACACUUAAGAACCAGUUUAAAAUGUAGGUUCAAUCUACCUAGCAUUUUAACAGUAUAAUUUUCUGCCAAUAUGUAGAAUGCAGUAAAUGCCCUAAAGCAUGAAUGUUAAUUCAUUGCUACAUAGUUUGGUUCUUGUGAAGUCUUUGUCAUGUAGCUAUUAGACUGCAGCUGUGAAGAUGAUCAGAACUGUUAACUGAGACCAAUAUUUGUUUAGAGAAAACUCUUUCCUAAAGAACCAACCAAAGUAUUUUUUCAGCCCAGUAGUCUGAACGGGUUUAAGUCUGCUUGCACUAGCUGUGCCUUCAUUACUCUGUUAUAGAAAUGGCAGUGACUUGUACUAACUAGGAGAUGAUGAUGCAUUUUGAAUUUGACUACUUGAGAAGACUAGUAUAACUUGUUUAAUUUCCCAACGAGCCCACAUUAAACAUUCAUAACUGUCAGCUUGUUUAUGCUAUGGGUUUUGUAUUUUAUGUGACAUAGUGAUCUACAAAAGAAACCUAGUCGUCAUAUUAAGGUUAUUGUUUACCACAGGGGUGUGAAUAAAGCCUAGUAUUUUCAGAAGCUAGUCUUGUUUUAUUACUUGUGUAUCUGCAUGUGUAAACCAGUAAUGCAUAUCUUACAUGCUGCAGUUCAUGUUUUACUAGAAACAAAAGCUGAUAAUUACUGAAAAGUAAAUUAUAUGGCAUUUGAAAAACAAACACAAUAGUUUGGAAAGUUUGCACUUUCCGUACUUUGCACUUGCAGUGUGAUACUUGUGAAUCUGAGCUUGAUGUUUCAGUGAUUGGUCCACACUGCCAUUUUAGAAAAGACAAGUUCUUAGAAGUGGGGCUAGAUCUGAUAAAGGACUUCGGUAUUGCUGUGCCUGACUCUAAGGCAUUGCCUAUUAGUAUGAAAUCUGGAGCAAAGUGCCUUGGAUUUUAAGUUUGUGCAGACGGAGCUAGGUAGUCCUGAACAAAACAUGCCCUGCAGCUGAAGGGAGUGCUGGAAACACAUGGCUGUCUUCUAGUUUGUCCUCACUGUAUCAAGCAUCUAGGAGGAAACAAACCCAAAGAAAUUCUGCUUUCUUCACCUAAUGUUCUGUUCACUGUGCUUGUGUUUGCACAUUGUGGUUCAUACUUUGUCCAUAUUGGAUAUUUUUGUCAGUUGAAACACAUGGGCUAGAAGAUACUUCUCGUCUUGUUCUUACCUUGCCUUUAGCCUAGCAGUGGAGGUACUUGGUGAGAUGUAAAUUUAAACAUACUGAGCUGAAAGAGGCUAUGAACUGAUGUAUUCUGAGUUUUUCCAGUCAGUAGCAUGCUACCAUACACCAUGCUGUCUUGUCCUUCACAUAACUAUAUAUAUAUAUAUAUAUAUAUAUGUAUUCUGAUCUUCUAAGCAAGUAGAUGGCUUUUUCAGGGAUGGAAGAGUCCUUGUAGUGUUGGAAAGAAAUGUCCAGCUAGCCAUGGAUCUAUUUGUGCAGUAGCUACUGGUUUUUUGUGCCACUUACACACUUAGCCAUAAAGGUUUGAAAAGAGCAGGGCAAGGAGGAGGCAAUGACCACAUGAGGAUAGGGCUGCUGGAAGAGUUUCUGUAGCAUGUCUCUUGCCUAGAGGGUAAUACAGAAUGAAGCUUAUUCCAAGUGCCCUUCUAAAUCUUCAGCCCCCCUCAAGAGGAUAAGGCUCUAGUCCUCUGACUAAACUGUUCUAGUUUUGUUACUGAUUUUUCUUCUUAGUUCCUUGAAAGCCUAAAUAUCACACUGCUUUAUUUCAGAAUCCCUGUCAGGCUUCAUCUAUCUCCUCUCCAGGUGUCUCUGGAUUUGGGAGAAGGAGCUCGUUGUCUAUAGCUGUAUGUAAAGCAGGACCAUUGAAGCUAUGAUCUUGGGUGUUUUUUAGGUAACGCAGAUCAUAGCAUAGAAAAAGCAGUUACAAAAGGCUAACAAGCACUCUCAGUAGUUAUGUGUUAAAGUUUAUGUGGUUGUGUUUUUUGUGGUAUCAGAAUAUGCUUAUGCUUAUCCUUUAUCCCUGACCCUGCCAGGUGUUUGGGUUUCACAUGGUCCCUUCUCUAAACAUCUCCCAGGAUUAAGUUUAAACUUGAGGACAUGUAGAGACCAAAUGGCGACAGUAUGUUCUGAGCUUGAGAAGUCAUUAAGAUGGGGCUUUGGGGUUCAUUUCUCUGGAUAUGGGAAGUCUCUGAAGUCCUUAGUUAGAUCUAGCCCAUUUUUGCUAACAUCAUCAUGUAAUCGUAUUUUAAAAAGAAAAUGAACUGUUAAAAGUUUUAAGUUUCAAAAUUCACUACUUAACAAAUUUGGCUUGCUCUUUGAUUACUUUCUCAUUUGACACCUUCAUUACACAAAAUGGGAUACAAUGUUUGAAAAGGGGAGUUGUUAGAUGUCAAAGCACGCCUGCAGCCUGCAAGAUCCAGGGUCAUGAGUACAUCCUAUUGACAGAUUUUGGUGAGCUUCUCUCCAGAUUGAUGUGGUGGUUCUAAAUCAACAGUUCUUGUGCUCUCCAGACUGCAGCAAAAAGAAGAAUAUAAAUGAGGUGCCAGUUCUUAUGGCAUUGGUUAAAUUAAAAGUGUUCUGGUGCUUACUGUAGUUUUGUUAUCAAUUACACUCUUGUUUAGCAGUUCUGAAAGGCAGUAUGUAGCAGAAACAUUAAACUUUCAACAUUG